UCGGGCUUUGACUGUGCUUCCUGCAUCACACACUAUGAUUCCAUUUACUACUUUUCAACAAGAUUCACAAACAGAUAACAAACAACCAUGAUUCCUCCUCACUCCUGACAAAUGGCAUCAUCAUCAACACUGUCUUAUUCUUGUUUUCCUCAAAUGGCAUCAUCAUCAACACCUCUCAUCAAUUUCAAACUUUCUCUAUUCAACUCACUUCACCAUCAAAGAACAAUAAACAACUCAAAAACUACCAUCAAUCCGCGCCUCAUUUCUUCUUCCAUUAACAAUCAUUUGUCGACAACACGUGUCACUUAUCCACUUCUUACAUCUCACCCUCUUCAUAACCGUAGAUUCAACGUUCGAUUUCAAGCACAGAAGGAGUAUUCUGCUGGGAACAGUUCUGAGUCAGUUGCUUCUGAUGCAACUUCCCAAGAGGAAUUUUCUUGGUCUUCUGUAAUUCUUCCGUUUGUGUUCCCUGCAUUGGGUGGCUUGUUAUUCGGUUACGAUAUUGGUGCCACAUCCGGUGCUACAAUUUCACUGCAGUCACCUGAGCUUAGCGGUAUCGCUUGGUCCAAUCUUUCUUCCAUUCAGCUUGGUCUUGUGGUCAGUGGUUCUCUAUACGGGGCUCUUUUUGGCUCACUUCUUGCAUUUGCAAUUGCUGACUUCAUUGGGAGGAAGCGACAACUCAUCGGUGCAGCCCUUUUGUAUCUACUUGGUAGUGCAAUCACUGCCACUGCUCCAGAACUUGGUGUUCUCUUAGCAGGAAGGCUGAUUUAUGGACUUGGUAUAGGUCUGGCCAUGCAUGGAGCUCCUUUAUACAUUGCAGAAACUUGUCCGUCACAAAUCCGUGGGACUCUAGUAUCAUUAAAAGAACUCUUCAUUGUCUUGGGGAUUCUGGUGGGUUAUUUUGUGGGAAGCUUUCAGAUUAGUACAGUUGGUGGAUGGCGAUUCAUGUAUGGAUUCAGUGCUCCGCUUGCUGUGUUAAUGGGGCUCGGAAUGUGGACUCUCCCCGCCUCUCCUCGGUGGUUGCUUCUCAAAGCAGUACAAGGAAAAGGUUCUUUUCAAGAUUUGAAGGAGAAGGCAAUCGUUUCCCUUAGCAAAUUAAGAGGCCGACCACCUGGCGACAAAGAAUCCGAGAAGCAGAUAGAAGAGAGUCUUGUCUCAUUGAAGUCUGCCUAUGCGGAUCAGGAAUCCGAGGCGAAUUUCUUAGAGGUGUUUCAGGGUCCAAAUCUGAAAGCAUUCAUAAUUGGUGGGGGGCUAGUAUUAUUUCAACAGAUAACAGGUCAACCUAGUGUUCUGUAUUAUGCAGGUCCUAUUCUUCAGAGUGCUGGAUUUUCUGCUGCAGCCGACGCAGCUAAAGUUUCAGUUGUUAUUGGCUUAUUCAAGCUAGUAAUGACAUCGGUUGCUGUCCUAAAAGUAGAUGAUUUGGGGAGAAGACCUUUGCUGAUUGGAGGUGUCAGUGGCAUUGCCCUAUCUUUAGUUCUCCUUUCUGCCUAUUAUAAAUUUCUCGGAGGGUUACCGAUUGUGGCUGUUGGGGCAUUACUUCUUUACGUUGGUUGCUACCAGAUAUCAUUUGGGCCGAUAAGUUGGCUUAUGGUGUCAGAAAUUUUCCCACUUCGCACUAGAGGACGGGGGAUUAGUAUGGCUGUUCUUACCAACUUCGCUUCAAAUGCCGUUGUUACCUUUGCAUUCUCACCAUUGAAGGAGUAUCUAGGAGCAGAGAACCUUUUUCUCCUUUUUGCAGCCAUUGCUUUAGUGUCACUUGUGUUCAUCAUAACUUCUGUCCCGGAGACAAAAGGCUUGAGCUUAGAAGAUAUUGAAUCCAAAAUCUUGAAGUGACAGCAGAAACUAACUCCUUUUGAUGUGAGUGAAUUAUAUAUAGUGUCACCUUUUGUAUAUCUCAUGUGUGGAAUUUCACGCUCACGGUAAUGUUUGCAAUAAAAAGAUGAAAUUAUAAUCUCUAACCAAGGUUCUCAAAUCACAUAAGGGUGCUAUGUUAUUAUUUUACCUUGCCUUA